GGUUCAUUAGAAACAUUAGGACAACAUGGCUGCCUUCUGUGUUGCAGCAAGUGAGCUUCUACAUAAUAUGAAACAAAUAUCAGGAUUUUAUCCAAAAGCUUCAUGUGUAAUCAGAAGAAUCCGCACAACAAACCCACGAUGCGACAGUCAAAUACAACCGAGAGCGAAAAGCACUCCACAGCAGCUGGUUGGAGUGGUGGGUUUGGAAAUCCAUGCCCAGAUUAACUCCAGCACCAAGCUGUUUUCUGGCUCUUCGGUUCGCUUCUCAGCUCCUCCCAACUCCCUGGUGUCGUUCUUUGAUGCGUCCCUACCUGGCACAUUACCCGUCCUGAACAGGCGGUGUGUCGAAGCAGCAGUGAUGACAGGACUGGCUCUCAACUGCAACAUAAAUAGGAAGUCACUCUUUGACAGGAAACACUACUUUUACGCAGACCUCCCUGCUGGAUACCAGAUCACUCAGCAGCGGCAGCCAGUUGCGGUAGAUGGCACGCUGACUUACAGCCUCCUCGAAGGAAAAAAGAGGAGCCAGGUGAUCAGAAAGAAUGUCCACAUCAAGCAGAUUCAGCUGGAACAGGACAGUGGCAAGAGUCUGCACGAUGACGUCCACAGCCAGACGCUCAUAGACCUCAACAGAGCAGGUGUAGGUCUAAUGGAGCUGGUGAUGGAGCCAGACAUGAGCUGUGGAGAGGAGGCGGCAGCAGCUGUCAGAGAGCUUCAGCUCAUCCUGCAAGCCCUGGGCACCUGUCAAGGCAACAUGUCUGAGGGCCAGCUCAGAGUGGAUGCCAACGUGUCCGUACACCGACCAGGUGAGCCGCUGGGCGUCAGGACCGAGGUGAAGAACAUCAACAGUGUCCGAUAUCUGGCCAGGGCGAUAGACUAUGAGAUCCAGAGGCAGAUUGGCAUCCUGCAGAGAGGGGGCACGGUACAAAACGAGACCCGGGCGUACGAUUCCAAAUCAGGAGAGACCAUUCCUAUGAGGGAUAAAGAAGGUCUUCAGGACUACAGGUUUAUGCCAGAGCCUAACCUGCCCCCUCUGAUUGUGUAUGAGGAUAACGCAUCGCUGCCCGCUGGCAUCGAUGCGUGCCAGGCGGUGGUGGUGCAGAAGAUAAAGGAAGGGCUGCCAGAGCUGCCCAGCAUCAAAAGAGACAGGCUGGUGCAGACGUACGGCAUCCUGCCCGAGCACAGCUUCACUCUGGUGAACGAGGAUGGGCUGGUGGAGUACUUUGAGGCGGUGUUGAUGGCGACCAAGAAGGAGCCAAGGAAGGUGAUUGGCUGGGUGACUAAUGAGCUGUUGGGUCACCUCAAACAGCAAGACUUAAGCGUGAGCCAGAGCCCAAUCUCUCCUCCUGCCCUGGCUGAGCUGCUGGAGCUCCAGGAAACAGGACACAUCUCCUCUUCGGUUGCCAAGCAGGUGUUCCAGAAGAUGUGGAGGUCACCGGGCAAGACGGCAGCGCAGAUCACCCAGGAGCACGACUUGGGGCUUGUUAGUGACACCGCACAGCUGCACAGCAUCUGCCAGAAGGUGGUGGACUCCCAUCCCGAUGAGGUUCACGCCAUCAGAAACGGAAACAAGAAAGUGCUGAAUAAACUGAUGGGCCUGGUUCAGAAAGAAACCAAAGGCAGAGCGGACCCAGUUCUGGUGAGGAAGAUUCUACAGGAGAAGACUUCGUGAUUCGGUGAGAACCAACUGUAUGGCAGUGUGAGCAUCAAGCCAUGGCUGACGUGACCUUCAAGACACUGAUGUUAUGCAUCUGAUAGCUGUGGAUAUUUGACUACACAUGAAGCCAGGUCUUUUAUUAAGCCAUCCUUAUUUCCAGAGCUUGACAUUUACUAAAUCCUGAACAACAAAUUGCAACAAUUAAUCGAUUAGUUGUUCUAUCCAUUAUCUAUACACCGCCUAAUCCUCAUUAGGGUCGUGGGGGGCUGGAGUCUAUCCCAGCUGACUCAGGUGAAGGCAGGGGACACCUGGACAGGUCACCAGUCUAUCACAGGACUACACAUAGAGACAAACAAUCACACUCACAUGCUGAGGUUAAUUGGUGACUUUAAAUUGUCUGUAGAAUUUAAAGUCACCAAUUAACCUCAGCAUGUUUUUGGACUGUGGGAGGAAGCUGGAGAACCCAGAGAAAAGCCACACAUGCACAUGGAGAACAUGCAAACUCCAUGCAGAAAGAUCCCAGGUCUAGACCGGGACACGAACCAGGUAUCUUCUAGGUGCAAGGCGAAAGUACUAACCACUGAGCUAAUGUGCAGCCCCAAUUAGUUGUUAUGCCAACUAAUUUGAUAUUAGACUGAUCAGUUUAAGCAAUUUUUCAAUAAAAAAUGGCUAAUUUCUAUGUCUGUAGCUCCGUCAAUGAGAAGAAGCUGGUUUAUUUCCUCCUCUGUGACAGUAAACUGAAGAUCUUUGAACAAAACAAGACAUUCAAGGAAACACUGAUCCACAUUUUUCACCAUUUCAGAGGCCAAACAACAGAUUCAUUCAUCCAGAAAAUAAUCAACAAUUAAGAUGAUCCUUAAUUUCAGACCAGUUCACCUCCAGUUGGACUUUUGUUGUAGUUUUUUAUUUGACAACCUUUAUGUUCUGUAUUUAUGUACGUUAUUUAUGUGUUUGAAAAGUAAUAAACCUUCUCAGAUUAUUA